AUGGAGGGGAGGCCUACCUAUGAGGAUUACCCGUACCCUGUGGUCUUCCUGCCCCCCUAUGAGAACCCCCCGGCCUGGAUCCCCCUGCAGGAGAGAGUGUACAGCUCGGAUUACAACAAUGAGCUCUCACACUUCCUCCCCCGCUCCAUCCUGCUGAAGAAACCUCCGGGGGCCCAGCUGGGAUUCAAUAUCCGAGGAGGGAAGGCGUCGCAGCUCGGGAUCUUCAUCUCCAAGGUUAUCCCCGAUUCUGAUGCUCACCGUGCCGGCCUGCAGGAAGGAGAUCAGGUGCUCACUGUGAACAACGUGGAUUUCCAGGAUAUCGAGCACAGCAAGGCGUGGAGAUUUUGAAAACUGCCAGAGAAAUCUACAUGCAAGUCCGCUACUUCCCAUACAACUAUCAGCGGCAGAAGGAGAGAACCGUUCACUAG